AUGUGUCGGCAUGGCGUGGCGGCAGGUGCGUCGGGAGCCGUAGGCACCGCCGGCGACAUCACGGUAGAGAGCGCGCCGAGUGUUUCUCAGUCCAGCGCGGGGGGCGAGCUUAGCCGUCGCAAGCUUCAGCCUGGCAAUACUACCCCUCGGCAAUUUCCUAAAGGCCUAAACCUGUUUGCGAAGGAUGGCACUUUGCAACACGCCCAGCCUGAAGGAGAUUAUCGAGUGCGAGGAGAAGCGUCAGCGACAGAUCAAGGAGUGCGAACAGUGAAAUAUCCUACUCCAUAA